CUUAUGGUGAGUGGAUCGAUUAAUAAUAUCAUUUAUUAGUCCACUAUUUUUAUAACGAUAAAUUACAAAGACUUAAUAGAAAUUGCAGAAUUAUGAUAUACUUAUAUAUAUCUACAAGUUAAUUUAUAACAAGUUGUAUGCUAAAGCUAAAGCAGUACUCCUGUAAUACGUUUGUCUCGGAGCUCUCUUGUGUUUACUCUCGAUAUGGAGCGGAUAAGUUAAAGUACUUUAUUUUUUUGAGCGUCUGUUCCCUUGUGUUAUGGUUAUGACUGCUUUCAUACGCUCGAAGAAGCAAAAUGCCCAAACCUCUUUCCCAAGAUGCGGUGGAUAUCAUCCGGUAUAUGGCGGAGGAGAAUAAGCUGGACUGUGCUACCAUUGCUGCGUUGAUUGGAAAACAGCGUUCGUUCAUCCAAAGGAUUCUCAAGCGCGUCGAUCCUCUCACCGGAGAACUCACUGUCGCAAAGGCAGGACGGCACCAGAAAACGUCGGAAUCAGAAAAUGAUCGAAUCCGUCAAAUGGCGCUUCAAAAUCCAUACAUCGGUUGCGAAGCCUUGACAUCCAUGUACAAUGAAUUAGUUGCUCCCCCUGACAGAAGAAUUUCGAAAUCCAGCAUCCACAGGCGAUUGAAGAGUGUUGGCAUUAAGGUUGUUAAAAUAUCGGCCGCUGAUCCAGAAUUACACAAAUUCAAACAGUUCCCUAAUUCAAAACAUAUUUGGAAAUUCGAAACAAUAAACAAGAAAAACCGAGCAAGCAGACGGCAGCCCGAAGUGGAGCAAAUCGAAAUGGAUACGGUUGAAUCGAUUUCCAUAGAGUUUCCUCAACUGGUUUAUCCGACCUUUGCUCUACCGAUGCCGACAUCCAUUGUGCCUCCGGAAAUAGCAGAAUGCCAAGAUACAGACAAUAUUGAGAUUUUUGUGUAUCCACCAGGGCGCCCAGCGAUACAGCUGCAAUGAGACUUGUACAUGUUUUCGCUAUUCAUAUUGCAGUUUAUUGACAGACGUACAGACUGUAUGAUUUCCUUUUGUUUCACAAAGUCGGGUUUCAAAAAUGCACAACAAAACGGGGAGUGUUGCACAACAGUGAGAUCAAAUAAACAAUACC